GUAAAUUCUAACAUCCGGCAUUGCAAAAGUUACUGAAAUUUUUCAAUUUCGAACAUUUUCACCAUAUUUGUGGAUUAUGUGAGCGUAACUCUUCUACACAGUAUAACCUUAGUUUACAACCAUGUCGAUAUUUACCCCAACAAACCAGAAAAGACUCACAAACGUAGCAAUUGUACGGAUUAAAAAAGGUGGAAAAAGAUUCGAAAUUGCAUGUUAUCCAAAUAAGGUCAACUCAUGGCGCAGCAAAGUAGAAAAAGACAUUGAUGAAGUCCUACAGACACAUUCUGUCUUCAUCAAUGUCUCUAAAGGACAAGUGGCAAAGAGCGAAGAUCUGAAAAAGGUGUUUGGAACAGACAACCAAGCUGAAAUAUGCUUGCAGAUUCUUGCCAAGGGAGAAUUACAAGUAUCAGGAAAAGAGCGCCAUCUUCAACAAGAUGCAAUGUUUCGAGAUAUUGCCACGAUUGUUGCCGACAAGUGUGUCAACCCAGAGACAAACAGACCAUAUACAGUCACUAUGAUUGAAAAAGCAAUGAAAGAUGUGCAUUUCUCUGUCAAGCCCACUAGAAGCUCAAAACAACAGGCACUUGAUGUGAUUAAACAACUAACAGAGACGGAUACCAUCAACAUACAGAGGGCACAGAUGAGGCUGAGAGUUGUGGUGCAAGCAAAAGAUUCAAAAAAGAUAAAGGAAAAGAUCAGAAAGAUUGCUGCUAAAGUUGAACGUGAAGAGUUUGAUGAUGAACUAGAAAUGGUGAUCUUGAUAGACCCUGGUGUAUAUAGAGAGGUUGAUGACAUAGUCAGACAGGACACUAAAGGUCAUGGACACUUAGAGAUUCUUAGCCUGAAAGACAUGGAGGAAGGAGAAGAAAAAUUAAAAUAAAUUUUAAAGCAAUAUUUCUACAGUAUCAUUUGUAAAAAUCAGCUUAUAUUUGAAAUGUCAAUACAUUACAUAAUUAGAUCAUAUCAAGCAUUAUGUCACAUAUAAAGCUAUACGGCACAAUCGGCGUCUGUACAAUAGAUAUUCUGGAUCUUUUUUGACCUUUUAUCAGAGUUGUAUGCGUUGAUCUAACAAAUGUACCUCUUUGUUGUUGUAUGCGUUGAUCUAACAAAUGAAUGAAUGUUGAAUGAUAGUAUAUUUCUCUAAAUAAUUUCAUUCAAUAAAAUAAAAUAUAGAAAUAAAGUGCUUCUGCUGCUGUUUUACCUUUUCAAAAUUGAUUUCAAAUUAUGG